AAGAUUAUCAAAGUCCCAUGAAAACGUUCUCCAUAAAACCCGUUUUCAGUUUCCAAACACUGCCGUCUUUGCCUUUACCGAAGGGUUGGAUACCUAAGAACUCAGAAACAGAGUAAACGGAAGAGCUGAAGAUCUACUCUCGUAAACCCUCACGAGAAAUGGCUCAGUCAGUGAAACCGAUCUCAAGCCCAGUUCCAGAUUCGUGGUACCCGACCCUCGCCGUGUUCAUGCUCGCCAUCGGCCUCAUUGUCACCGCUUCAUUCUUCAUCUAUGAAGCUACUUCCUCCAGGAAAAACCGCAGUCUUGCAAAGGAACUGACUACCGGUGCUGUUGCAUCUGUAUUCUUGGGUUUUGGAUCUUUAUUCUUGCUACUCUCCUCUGGCGUCUAUGUUUGAGUUCUUACUGUCAAAUAGGGCAAGAUUGGUCGAGUUUAACAUGCUCGUACCCUUUGUGAGCCUAAACUGAGCUUGGAUCCAAAGUAUUGAUGCCAACUUUCAUUAAGUAAUUUAUGGGACUUAGACUGAUGCUAGAAGAAUUGAAAUAUCAAUAUCUUGCCCUUUAACUUGGAAUCCUAAAAGUUUUGAUCCAGUGAAGUUUCUGAAGUUCAAAGUUUUACCAUCUAA